UCCGGGGGCUGCUCCGGGCCGCUUCCUGCCCGCUGCGCUGCUGUUGGGCUGCCGGGGGUGGCCCUUUGUGACACGGGCGCGUGGGGUCAGGGCCCUCUGUGAUGCGGGACACGGUGGUGGCCAGAGAGCCUUGUGACAUCCGGGAGCCCCAGCCUGGCUGAGGGUAUCCAAGGGGCGCAGAGCCCUGGGGUGCCCAGUCCCAGGAGAGCUGCUCUCUCAGGAGGAAGCAGCUCCUUGCGUCUGUCUGUGCUAGAUGCUGACAGUGAUAGACGCUGAUAGUGACAGAUGCCAACAGCAACAAGGACAAAGCCAGCCCCAACUCCUGGUCCCCCAGCCCUUUGCCCAGCUGGCUGGAAGCCCCCAGCAGGCAGUGGUCAGGGGCAGUGGUCAGGUCAGUCCUGCCAUUGACAGGGACUGAGGAGGAGGAGAAGCUCUUCACCAAUAUGGACCGAGAGCUUUCCCAGAUGGAAAGUGAUAGUGAUGAGGAGCUUUCCCAGAGGGAAGAGAUGACAGCGAGAAACAGGUACCAACAGCAAGUAAUGACAGUCCAAGAAAUUUCCCAGUGGGAAGCCAGGAGGAGCCAAGAGUUCUACCAAUGCCAGGUACAUGUGAGAGUUCAAGAGGUUUCCCAGUACUGCAGUGAGACACACCAAGAGCUCUGUGAAUGGGAAGAAACUACAAGAGUCCAAGAGCUGCACCAGUGGGAAGAGGAUGGUGAGAUAUACCAAGAGGUGCUCCAAUGGGAAGAAUGUGUCACAACCCAAGAGAUACUCCAAUUGGAAAUAGAUAUGAGUGAGCAGCAGGAGUUGGAAUGGGAAGAAGACGAGAGAUCCCAUGAGCUGUCCUUACGGAGACAUGCGAGUGUCCCAGAGGAUUCCCAACGGGACGACAUCCAAGAGCUGGACCAGAGGGAAGGUGGGAGGUACCAAGAUAUCUCAUCUUGGGAAGAUGUGCGCUCCCACACCUCUCAAUGGGACAAUGCCCAGGAGAUGUCCCAGAGGGCAGAUGAGAGGCAGCAAGACCUCUCACCGAGGGAAAAUGUGCACUCCCACAUUUCUCGGGAUGAUAUCCAAGAGCCAUCUCAAAGGGAAGGUGAGAGGUAUGAAAAACUAUCACCAUCGGAACAAGAAGUGCGCUCCCAUGACUCCCAGCUGAAAGACAGCAGAGAAGCAGAAUUGUCCAAAGUGAGAGACAGCAAUGUCAAUAAGCUGUCAAAAAGACCAGACGCCGGAUGUCAAGAGUUGCCCCAAGGGGCAGAUAUGAGUGACAGAAAACUGUCCACACAGGAGGAGCGUGAGAGCAGCCAGGAGCUGUCCCAAUCGAGACAUGACAUCAGCUCCAAGAUCCAGGAGAGACCCUUGCAACCACUGAGGAGCAAGGAGGCUGAGCCUUGUCCCCUGGUGGGGACAAGCUCUCCCAGCCCUGAGGGCACAGGGCUGGCUGCCGAGGCAGCACCUGCCCUGCCCAGCACCUCUCCUGUCCUGGGCAGUGCCUUGGAGGCCAAGCUAAUAGGUGCUGCCCUGUCCAGAGCUGAUGAGGAGAAAGAGCUGCCUGAGCCUCUCACUCCAGAAGAGGUAAAUACAGCAGCUUCUGUUGUCAGUGAAGAGGUGCCAUCAGCAGGGACACAGAGCCCACCCUGUGUCCCCUUCGACAGCAUGACCAGCAGCCAUGCUUCAGCAGGCCAGGAUCAGAACAUCACAGAAGAGUCCGUGAUCCUGGAAGUGAUGGAGAUGUACAAACUGAGACAGAAACUGGAGGGAGAGUAUAACGUCCAACAGUGGAUGGCUGUGGAAGAAACACAGCCGAGUUCACCCAGCCCUGUGACUGUGGAGGUGGAAAUAGAGACAUCACCUGACCUACCUAGUGCCUCUCCUGUCCUGGGCAGUCCCAUCCACCUGAUAGAAGAGAAAGUGAGGCAUAAGCUAGAAGUAGAUUAUGAAGUUCAACAAUGGAUGGCUGCAGAAGAAACACAGCCAAGGACUCCCAGCCCUGAGGGCACAGAAGUGGCAGCAGAGGCAGUGCUUGCCCUGCCCAUCAUCUCCCCUGUCCCUGGCAGCACCAUGGAGGCCAAGCCAGCAGCUGCUGCCCUGUUCAGAACUGAUGAGGAGGAACUGCCUGAGCCUCUCACUGCAGAGGAGGUAAAUGAAGCAACUCCUGUUAUCAGUGAGAAGGUGCCAUCAGCAGAGACACAGAGCCCACCCUGUGUCCCCUCUGACACCCCAACCAGCAGCCAGGCUUCAGAUUGGCAGGAUCAGAACAUCACCGACCAGCUCCUGGUCCUGGAACUAGUGGAGGUGUACGAAUUCUGGCAGAAGCUGGAAGGAGAGUAUAACCUCCAACAAUGGAUGGCUGUGGAAGAAACACAGCCCAGUUCUCACAUUCUUGUGGUCACGGACGUGGUAGUAGAGGCAGUGCCCACCCCGCCUAUCACCUCUCCUGACACCAGCAGUUCCUCAGAGGCCAAGCUGGCAGCUGCUGCCCUGUCCAGAGCAGAUGAGGUGGAAGAGCUGCUUGAGCUUCUCACUUCAGAGGAAGUAAAGGCAGCAACUCCUUCUGUUAUCAGUGAGGAGAUGCCAUCAGCAGGGACACAGAGCCCACCCUGUGUCCACUUCGGCACCCCAACCUGCUGCUAUUCUUCAGCACGGCAGGAUCAGAACAUCACCAAGGAGUUCCUGAUGGAGGGGCUGGUGUUGUAUCAUCACCCGAGUCAGAAGCUGGAGGAAGAGUAUGAUGUCCAACAGUGGAUGGCUGUGGAAGAAACACAGCCAAGGUCUCACAGCCCUGGGGUCAUGGAGGUGACAACAGAGGCAGUGGCUGCCCUGUCCAAAGUUUAUGAGGAGGAACUGCCUGAACUUCUCACUCCAGAGGAGGAAAAGGCAGCAGCUUCUUCUGUUAUCAGUGAGGAGCUGCCUUCAGCAGGGACACAGAGCCCACCUUGGGUCCCCUUUGAGACCCUGACCAGCAGCCAGGCCUCAGCAUGGCAGGAUCAGAACAUCACCGAGGAAUUCAUGAGCUUGGAUCUGAUGGAGGUGUACAAACAGAGGCAGAAGCUGGAGGGAGAGUAUGGCCUCCAUCAAUGGAUGGCUGUGGAAGAAGCACAGCCCAGCUCUCCCAGCUUCAAUGGCAUAGAGGUGGCAGCAGAGGCAGUUCCUGCCCUGCCCAUCUACUCUCCUGUCACAAGCAGUCCCACAGAGGCUGAGCUGGCAGCUGCUGUCCUGUCUAGAGCUGAUGGGGUGGAAGAGCUUCCUGAGCUUCUCCCUCCAGAAGAGGUAAAUGCAGCAGCUUCUUCUGUUUUCAGUGAGGAGGUGCCAUCAGCAGGGACACUGAGACCACCGUGUGUCCUCUUUGACACCAUGACCUGCAGCCAUUAUUCAGCAUGGCAGGAUCAGAACAUCACCGAGGAGAUCCUGCUUCUGUCACUGGUCAUGUUCCAUCACUUGAGGCAGAAUCAGGAGGAAGAGUAUGACCUCCAAAUCCGGGUGGCUGUGGAAGAAACACAGCCCAGUUCCAUCAGCCAUGUGGCUGUGGAUGUAGCAGUAAAUGCAGCACCUGCCCUUCCCAGCACCUUUCCUGCCCUGGACAGUGUGAUAUACUCCGAGCCAGGAGCUGCUGCCCUGUUCAGAACUGAUGAGGAGGAAGAGCCACCUGAGCUGUUUGCUCCAGACAAGCCCAUCUUCAGCAUGCCAGGAUCAGAACAUCACCGAGGAGAUCAUGAUCCUGGAAAUGAUAGAGGCCUACAAAUUGAGGCAGAAGGUGGAGGAAGAGUACGACAUCCAACAAUGGAUUGCUAUGGAAGGAACACAGGCCAGCUCUUCUGGCCAUGUGGCCAUGUAAGUGGCAGCACCGGGAACUCUCCUGUCCUGGGCUAUCCCACAGAGUCCGAGCCAACAGGUGCUGCCCUGUCUAGAUCUGCUGAGGAGGAAGAGGUGUCUGAGCCUCUUACUCCAGAGCAGGUAAAGGAGCUGAUGGGAGCUCCUUCUGUUGUCAGUGAGGAGCUGCCAUCAGGAGGGACACAGAGCCCACACAGUGUUUUGGGGGCCCAAGGGCCUGUGGUUAAAAAAUCCAUACCCCCAUUUUGGAAAGGAAGCAACAAAUAGCCCCUCCUGAGGUGGGGUGAGAGAAUGCCUCUCUCCCACAGGUCUUUGCAACUAUAUGUUAAUGCACUUUUAAGCUGAUUUCUGCAUUGGUUUAUCAAGUUGAUGUCGCCCCAGUUCAGCCCCCAUAACCUUGUAUGGUUAAUCCCUAGAAUCUUCUCUCUUCUCUUGAUCCCCAUCGGCCUGGGUUUUCCACCCCUGUUUUCCUGUUGGUUGUUCCUGUCCCUAACCCCACCUCUGCACUGUUUUCCCCUGUUCCCACUGGACUCUGGUCCACCCCCUCUUACUCACAUAUAACCCUGGAUCCUCCACCCACUUUCGUUCUUGUCCCUGGACCCCCUUCAAGGCAAUAAAGCUUUUGGAUAUCCAAACAA